AUAGCAAGUGGCCAUUUUCCUUCACAUUCUAAAAAUGCUAAUAAAAGCCCCCCCUCUUCCACUCUUUUUUUUUUUCUCCGUAGAGCCUUAAGCUUCGGACACCGAUAUUCUCGUGUGAGCGACCGUACCAGACCGCAGCCUUGCUUGUAAUGGAAGACGUUGCAGCGAUGCCGGCGGCGGUUGAACCCAUUGCCGGAGAUACAAAGUCACGUGAGAAGCACCUGACCACAGUUUCGUCUUCUGAUAGCGAUGAAAUGUACUCAGACGGAUCACCUAAAGAAAUUCUAAAAUCAGGUGGCAAAGCAAUUGCUCCAACUGGAGAAGCUGAUAUCAUUUACAUCCCUCAUGUGAUCGACAAGACUCUAAUUUUAAAUCGUAAUAAUAACGACAAAAAUCAUGAUAAUUUAACACCACCUUCCACCGUGUCGCUUCUCGACAUCGGUGGGGGCAAUAGCGUUACUGAGAUUAUAUAUCGAAAACCCUUCGAAGAUGAACGAGAACUAUACUUACAAACUCUCUACGAGUUACCUAAUUCUCACAACUUCUAUUGCCCCAACUGCAAAAAUUGCAUUACAAAAGUGAUCAUUCUCCGUGACACUCCAUCGUCGCCAUCGCGGUCUCCUCGGCCACUGUCGGAUUCGAAGGAUGGAGCAUAUGAGGCGCUACCGUCAUCGACUAAUAUACCGACCGAGACACGGCCACGGAGCCCCGGACUGGAUGUCAUCGGAGAGGUUGGUGUGGAUGAUGGUGAGAUCCAUUCCAGCGAAGAGGGUGGUGGAAGGAUCAUAUGCAGCAAUUGCUUUAGUUUUCUUCUUCCAAUUGGUGCUUGGAUCUCUUCUCAAUUAGGAUUUGGUCAGAAAAAGCCAGCAAUUCCAACUCCAACUGAUAUAGGAGGAACUGCCCCUACAAGCCAUGCUGGUUCUCCUACCAUUAUUUCUCGUGAACCAGUCAUUGAAGUUGAAGGUGGCGACUCAAUCGCCAUUACGAUUCCUCCGGUCAGCACCGAACAAGCGUCGGGCCGAAGAGGAGGCAGAAGUUUGGAGAUAAUGAAGAGCAUUGUGUAUGGAGGUUUAACUGAAGUCAUCACAAGUUUGGGCAUUGUAACCUCUGCAGCAAGUGCAAGUACUCCAACAGAGAAUAUUGUAGCUUUGGCAUUGGCAAACUUGAUUACGGGUCUUAUUGUCAUCACAAACAAUCUCUCUGGACUCAAGUCAAACCAACUCAAGAAAGAAUCAAAUGAAGGAGUUGAUCAAGCAGAAGUAGAUCCAUAUGAAGAAACCUUAGGGGACAGACACCAUUACCUUCUUCACUUCACAACUGCCAUCCUAUCAUUCUUGGUCUUCGGACUUCUGCCUCCGCUCGUUUAUGGUUUCUCGUUCCGUGACACCGACGACGGCGAUCUCAAGCUCGCGGCCGUAGCAGUCUCCUCUCUUCUAUGCAUUGCCUUACUCGCGAUCGCAAAAGCUUAUGUUCAAAAGGCAAACAAUUGGCAAGAGUAUGCCAAAACCCUAGUUUAUUACAUUACUCUAGGGUUUGGGGCCUCAGGUUUGUCCUACUUAGCAGGCAAGGAGUUCAAUAUGCUUCUUGAGCAACUUGGCUGGUUUAAGAAAGACCCAAAUGCCCCCACUUUGUUACUUCCUAAUAUGGACUUGGCAAAGCCUACAUGGGGAUCCAUAUGAAGGAUGUACUUGCAGAAGUUUUUAGGUGUGUUUGUUUUUGUGUUUGUUUUUGUUGAGUGAAGAGAUUUCUCUAUUGAGUGUUUUGAGGUUUCAAAUGGGUAAUUAUUAGAAAAAUAAGGGUUUAUAUGUAUUGUGUAGUAAGUACUUUGGGGCUUUUUGUUCUUGCUAAAUUUUUUGGCUUCACACUCUUUACUUGUUUAUAUU